UCCAAAUCCCGUCUCAGUCUAACUCAGAAACAACAGCCAGACAAACAGAAGAGGGGAUAUUAGUAAACUAUGCUUCUCAGGAACCGUUUCAGGCCGCUGUUGUGGACACUUUAUCUGACAACUUUCUAUGUCUGCGGUUGCCUUGGACAGCUGAAUGUAUGUGGUCGACCUCCCCUCAACACCAGGAUAGCUGGGGGCCAGGAUGCUCCAGCAGGGAGCUGGCCAUGGCAGGCCAGUCUGCACGCCUCUUUUCCUGGGUUCAGCUUCUUCCUCUGUGGAGGAUCCCUCAUCAAUGAGCAGUGGGUGCUCUCAGCUGCACACUGUUUUAACAGUAUAUCUGCAAGUGAUCUCGAGGUGUAUCUGGGUCGGCAGAACCAGGAGGGCAGUAACCCAAACGAAGUGAAAAGGACGGUGAGCCAGAUCAUCAAUCAUCCCAGUUUCAACACUUUCACCUUUGACAACGACAUCGCUCUGCUUCAUCUCAGUGCUCCAGUCACCUUCACCGACUACAUCAGGCCUGUGUGUCUGGCUGCCAGUGGGAGUGUUUUCCUCAACGGUGUUGACAGCUGGGUCACUGGCUGGGGAAAUACUGCUGUUGGAGUACCUCUUCCAUCUCCUAAGACCUUAAAGGAAGUGGAAGUGCCUGUGGUUGAGAACACCCCGUGUCAGUCUUUGUAUCAAGUCGUGCCCUUCACAAUCACAGACAACAUGAUGUGUGCUGGGGAACCUGCAGAAGGCAGAGAUUCAUGUGAGGGAGACUCAGGAGGUCCACUGGUGAGCAAACAGGACUCUGUGUGGGUGCAGUCUGGUAUUGUUGCUUUAGAGGGUUGUACACAAUCCAGUCGUCCUGGAGUCUACACCAGGGUGUCCCGUUACGAGAGCUGGAUCAACUCUGAGAUUAGCACCAAUCAACCAGGCUUCGUCCAGUUCACAGAAACAACAGGACCUGCUACAACAACUGUCACCCUUAUCGCAACCACCACCACACUACCAACAACAACAACACCAACAAUGGCCAUGCCUGCAACAACAGCAACAACAACAACGGCCAUGCCUGCAACCACCGCAACAAAAACAGCAACAACAACAGCCAUGCCUGCAACCACUACCACCACCACACUAACAACAACAACAGCCAUGCCUGCAACCACCACCACCACACAAACAACAACAACACCAACAAUAGCCAUAUCUGCAACCACCGCAACAACAACAGCCAUUUCUGCAACCACCACCACACCACCAACAACAACAGCCAUACCUGCAACCACCACCACACCAGCAACAGCAGCAGCCAUGCCUACAACCACUACCACCACCACACCAACACUAACCACAGCCAUGCCUACAACCAACACUACACCAACAACAACAACAACACCAACAACGGACAUGCCGGCAACCACCGCAACAAAAACAGCAACAACAGCCAUACCUGCAACCACCACCACACCACCACCACCAACAACAACAACAACAACGGCCAUGCCUGCAACCACCACCACACCAACAUCAACAACAGCCAUACCUGCAACCACCACCACCACACCACCAACAACAACAGCCAUGCUUGCAACCACCACCACACCAACAACAACAACAACAACAACAACAAAUGCCAUGCCUACAACAACUGCAACAACAACAACGGCCAUGCCUGCAACCACCACCACACUACCAACAACAACAACACCAACAAUGGCCAUGCCUGCAACAACAGCAACAACAACAACAGCCAUGCCUGCAACCACCACCACACUAACAACAACAGCCAUGCCUGCAACGACUACCACCACCACACUAACAACAACAGCCAUGCCUGCAACCACCACCACCACACCACCACCAACAACACCAACAAUAGCCAUAUCUGCAACCACCGCAACAACAACAGCCAUACCUGCAACCACCACCACACCACCAACAACAGCCAUGCUUGCAACCACCACCACACCAACAACAACAACACCAACAACGGCCAUGCCUACAACAACUGCAACAACAACAACAGCCAUGCCUGCAACCACCACCACUAAAUAUAGACCUGCUACAACAACUGCUACCCUUAUCACCACACCACCACCUACAACAACAGCCAUGCCUGCAACCACCGCAACAACAACACCACCAACAACAACAACAGCCAUGCCUGCAACCACCGCAACAACAACACCACCAACAACACCAACAACAGCCAUGCCUGCAACCACUGCAACAACAACACCACCACCAACAAUAGCAGCCAUGCCUGCAACCACCGCAACAACAACACCACCAACAACACCAACAACGGCCAUGCCUGCAACCACCACAACAACCGCAGCAACAACAGACAUACCUGCAACCACUACCACCCCCCAGGACCUACUACAACUAUCCCCUAUCACCACCACACCACCAACAACAACAACAACAACAAUGGCCAUCCCUGCAACAACUGCAACAACAAUAACAGCCAAACCUGCAACCACCACCACACCACCACUAACAACAACAGCCAAACCUACAACCACCACCACCACCACACUACCAACAUCAACAACAGCCAUACCUGCAACCACCACCACACCAACAACACCAACAACGGACAUGCCUGCAACAACAGCAACAUCAACAACAGCCAUACCUGCAACCACCACCACACCACCAACAACAACAACAGCCAAACCUACUACCACCACCACCACACCAACAUUAACAACAGACAUGCCUGCAACCACCAUCACCACACAAACAUCAACAACAGCCAUACCUGCAACCACCACCACACCACCAACAAUAACAGCCAUGCCUGCAACCACCGCAACAACAACACCACCAACAACACCAACAACGGCCAUGCCUGCAACCACCACAACAACCGCAGCAACAACAGCCAUACCUGCAACCACUACCACCCCCCAGGACCUACUACAACUAUCCCCUAUCACCACCACACCACCAACAACCACAACAACAACAACAACAACAAUGGCCAUCCCUGCAACAACUGCAACAACAACAGCAACAACAAUAACAACAGCCAUACCUGCAACCACCACCACACCACCAACAACAACAGCCAUACCUGCAACCACUAUCACCACACAAACAUCAACAACAGCCAUACCUGCAACCACCAUCACCACACAAACAUCAACAACAGCCAAACCUACAACCACCACCACCACACCAACAUCAACAACAGCCAUACCUGCAACCACCAUCACCACACAAACAUCAACAACAGCCAAACCUACAACCACCACCACCACACCAACAUCAACAACAGCCAUACCUGCAACCACCAUCACCACACAAACAUCAACAACAGCCAAACCUACAACCACCACCACCACCACACUAUCAACAACAACAACAGCCAUACCUGCAACCACCACCACACCAACAUCAACAACAGCCAUACCUACAACCACCACCACCACACUACCAACAACAACAGCCCUUGCUGCAACCACCUCAACAACAGCAACAACAGCCAUGACUACAAUCACCACCACCACACCACCAACAACACUAACAACAACAACAGCCAAGCCUGCAACCACCAUCACGACACCACCAACAACAGCAACAACAACAGCCAUGCCUGCAACCACCACUACACCACCACCACCAACAACAACACAUUCAGUAUGUGGUCGGCCUCCCCUCAACAGCAGGAUAGCUGGGGGCCAGGAUGCUCCAGCAGGGAGCUGGCCAUGGCAGGCCAGUCUGCACGCCUCUUUUGUUGGGUUCAGCUUCUUCCUCUGUGGAGGAUCCCUCAUCAAUGAGCAGUGGGUGCUCUCAGCUGCACACUGUUUUAACAGUAUAUCUGCAAGUAAUCUCGAGGUGUAUCUGGGUCGGCAGAACCAGGAGGGCAGUAACCCAAACGAAAUGAAAAGGACGGUGAGCAGGAUCAUCACUCAUCCCAGUUUCAACAGUUUCACCAGUGACAACGACAUCGCUCUGCUUCAUCUCAGUGCCCCAGUCACCUUCACUGACUACAUCAGGCCUGUGUGUCUGGCUGCCAGUGGGAGUGUUUUCCUCAACGGUACUGACAGCAGGGUCACUGGUUGGGGAGACGCCGCUGAUGGAAUUCCUCUUCCAUCUCCUAAGACCUUAAAGGAAGUGGAAGUGCCUGUGGUUGAGAACACCCCGUGUCACUCUUUGUAUGAAGUCGUGCCCUUCACAGUCACAGACAACAUGAUGUGUGCUGGAGAACCUGCAGGAGGCAGAGAUUCAUGUCAGGGAGACUCAGGAGGUCCACUGGUGAGCAAACAGGACUCUGUGUGGGUGCAGUCCGGUAUUGUUUGUGUAGAAGGUUGUAAACAACCCAGUCGUCCUGGAGUCUACACCAGGGUGUCCCGUUACGAGAGCUGGAUCAACUCUGAGAUCAGCACCAAUCAACCAGGCUUCGUCCAGUUCACUGGAUCUCCUCCUCCAGUCAUCACUCCUCCCCCUCUUACAACAUCUCCUCCUCCAGCAACAAUUGAAGUGUGUGGUAGACCUCCACUCAACACCAGGAUAGGUGGUGGCCGGGAUGCUCCUGCAGGAAAUUGGCCCUGGCAGGCCUUCCUUCUGGAUUCAGACAGAAAUGACUGUGGAGGUUCACUCAUCAACAAAGAGUGGGUCUUAACGGCAGCUCAUUGCUUUCGCAAAAGAUCAGUCCUUUGAACUCAGUGGGGGCUCCGUCCAGUCCACUGGAUCUCUUCUUCCACCAGCAACAAUUGCAGGAGAUCAGCAAACUGCCGCAGCAAUAACAACAACAACAUCACCUCCAGGAGAUCAGCAAACUGCCGCAGCAAUAACAACAACAACAACAACAACAUCACCUCCAGGAAGAUUCUGUCGCCCUCCAGAUGUUGACAAGAUUGCUUUUCCUGUAGUGUCUGUAAACGCUUCAAUCCCGUGUACCAAUAAUCUUCAAACUGAUCUUGAGCAAGCGGCCCGUAAUCUGUACAGAGACCCAACAUUUGAUCAAAUAAAACCAAAUCCAACAUGUCAAAACAACUUGCUGGAAGUGUUAAACCGGUUUAAACUACUCAAUAGCUCAAUCUGUUUCCCAGACAACAGAGAUGUCACGAUGGCCAUCACAGGAGAUGGCAGGAACUUUAGGGCCAUCCAUAACAUAG